AUGAGAAUGCAGAGAGAGACUGGUUGUGAAGGUCGACUUGGCGUCGGAGUAGCAGCACCGUUUGGAGGUGUGGAUCACAAUAACCCAAGCGAGGCAGCUUCUAUCGAGAGGAAUUCAUGGGAGAAAGCAGGGGAGCAAGGAGGGGAAGGAGGGGAGCAAAGAAGAGAGCAAAGGAAGGCGCAACAGGAGUCUGGAUAUGAGGGUGAGCAACGGCAAUCCGCAAAGGGCGGCGAGCGCGUGCAAGAAGAUUCGGUUGCCCAUCAAGAGACAUUGAGAAUAAUGUCUUGGAACGCCAACAGUUUCCUGCUGCGACUGAGACACAACCGGGCGGAGUUGGUUGGCUUUAUCUGCAAGCACUCGCCUGAUGUCAUUGCCAUCCAGAGGUCGCAUCACUUUCUCUUGAACCCCUCCCCCUUUUUCCCCCUAUUUCCCUGCCUACUCUUCCACCAUUUCCCCCUCCCCCUUUCCCUUCCCCACUUCCCCCUUUCCCCCUCCCCUUACCCUUCCCCACUUCCCCCUUUCCCCCUCCCCCUUCCCUUACCACCUUCCCCGUCCCCCUCCCUUCCCCCCUUCCCCUUUCCCCCUCCCUCGCCCCCAUCUGGGGCGCAGGAGGUGCGCAUGCCAGCAGCAGGGCGGAAGGGCGGGCCUCUCAACCAAUCAGAGCUCAAGGAUGACACGAAGCAAGCCCGGGAGGAGAGGCAGUUUAUGCAGCAUGCACUGGCAUCACCACCGUUCUCCCUGUACCGGGUGUGGUGGUCCCUCGCCCCCACCAAGUAUGCCGGCACAGCCAUGCUGCUCAAACGCUCCCUGCUGCCCCGCCUCCUCUCCGCCUCCUUCUCCCUUGACGUGAGUGAGUUCAGUGCGGUUCAGUGUGGUGCAGUGCGCAGCAAGCAGGUAGAGAGCGUCGUUGCCAUUCUCCCUGUACCAGGUGUGGUGGUCCCUCGCCCCCACCAAGUAUGCCGGCACAGUCAUGCUGCUCAAGCGCUCCCAGAUGCCUCACCUCCUCUCCGCCUCCUUUUCCUUGGAUGUGAGGUGGACUUCUCCCUCUCCUUCUUCCAUCCUUCCGCUCCCCUCAACACCGACGUGGGAGCAACGGAACAGGGAAAACAGCGGAGGCAGCAGCACGAGGCAGACGGGAGGGCGAUCAUUUUGGAGUUUCCAUCCCUGCGCCUCCUCAACACCUACGUGCCAAACAAUGGCUUCUCCAAAGACUCUCCCAGCUUCCCCCGCCGAGCUGAGUGGGACGAUCGCAUCCGUCGGUUUCUCACCAGCGACGCUGUGCGAUCCAAGCCGUUGAUCUGGCUGGGCGAUCUCAAUAUUUCUCGUACGUUGACCGCUCUCCCGCUACCGUCCCACCGCCCUUCCUUCUCCCCUCCCAACACCAGUCCAACAGACAAUGACGUCAGCGACCCUGAGUUCUUCCGUUCGGCGACCAAUGGCGAGCCGGCCACUGAUCCCGGGGAUCGGGGGCAGCCAGGGUUCUCUCUCAACGAGCGGAUGAGAUUCGCCGAGACUCUGAAAAGGGCCGGCUUGACAGACGCGUAUCGCCACAUGCACCCCAGCAAGGACAUGCAGGCAGGCUUCACGUGGAGUGGCAACCCUGUGGGGAGGUACCGAGGCAAGCGCAUGCGGGUUGACUACUUCUGUGUGUCUAACAACCUUCUGCCCCGAGUGGCUGCAUGUGACAUUCACGGGCAAGGUUUCGAGGGUGAGGGUGAGUAUGGAUGCAGGGGAGUGGGCUGA